CCUGCGCCUCAGCCUCAGUGCGGAGUCCUCCACGGUGUGAGAAGCGGUCGCGGGCAGCCUCAGAAGCAGCUGCAGCGGCAGCGGUGGCGGAGCUUGUGGGAGCUGCAGCCGGAACCACACCCACCUCACUGUCCCUGCCCUCUUUUGCCCUCUGGCCGUCCCGCCGGAGACCAAGUUCCCGGAGGAGAGCGCCCGCCCACGUCCGGAGCAUCCUCCCCUGUUGAGCGGGUACUGACGGACCCGGCGGCAUGAUGCGGCUGCGAGGCUCGGCGAUGCUGCGGGACCUGCUCCUUCGCCCGCCCGCCGCCGCCUGCGCGGUUCUGAGGCGGGCGCAGCCCCUCGCCACCCUGUGCCGGCGCCCCCGGGGCGAGGGACGAGCGGGCCCGGCGGCCGCCGCGCGGCUCUACCCGUGGUGGGGCGGGGGCGGCCGGCCGGCGGGGCCCCUCGUGAGGGGCCUGUCCAGCUCCCCCUCGGAGAUUCUGCAGGAGCUGGGCAAGGGGGGCACGCAGCAGCCACAGCAGCAGCAGCCGCAGCAGCAGCAGCCGCCGCCACCGCAGCAGCCGCAGCCUGGGGCGUCGCCGCCCGCGGCCCCGCCGGCGUCCGACCCCAAGGACGGCCCGGGGGAGACAGACGGGUUCGGCAACAGCGAGGGCAAGGAGCUGGUGGCUUCAGGAGAAAAUAAAAUAAAGCAGGGUCUGUUACCUAGCUUGGAAGAUUUGCUAUUCUAUACAAUCGCAGAAGGACAAGAGAAAAUACCUGUUCAUAAAUUUAUUACAGCACUCAAAUCUACAGGAUUGCGAACGUCUGAUCCCAGGUUGAAAGAGUGUAUGGAUAUGUUAAGAUUAACUCUUCAAACAACAUCAGAUGGUGUCAUGCUAGACAAAGAUCUUUUUAAAAAAUGUGUUCAAAGCAACAUUGUUUUGUUGACACAAGCCUUUAGAAGAAAGUUUGUCAUUCCUGACUUUAUGUCUUUUACUUCACACAUUGAUGAGUUAUAUGAGAGUGCUAAAAAGCAGUCUGGAGGAAAGGUUGCAGAUUAUAUUCCUCAGUUAGCCAAGUUCAGUCCUGAUUUGUGGGGUGUGUCCGUUUGUACAGUAGAUGGACAGAGGCAUUCUAUUGGAGAUACCAAAGUUCCAUUUUGCCUUCAAUCCUGUGUGAAACCUUUGAAAUAUGCCAUUGCUGUUAAUGAUCUUGGAACAGAAUAUGUGCAUCGAUAUGUUGGGAAAGAGCCAAGUGGAUUAAGGUUCAACAAGCUGUUCUUAAAUGAAGAUGAUAAACCACACAAUCCUAUGGUAAAUGCUGGAGCAAUUGUUGUGACUUCAUUAAUAAAGCAAGGAGUGAAUAAUGCUGAAAAAUUUGACUAUGUAAUGCAGUUUUUGAAUAAGAUGGCUGGUAAUGAAUAUGUUGGAUUCAGUAAUGCAACGUUUCAGUCUGAAAGAGAAAGUGGAGAUCGAAAUUUUGCAAUAGGAUAUUACUUAAAAGAAAAAAAGUGUUUUCCAGAAGGCACAGACAUGGUUGGUAUAUUAGACUUCUAUUUCCAGCUAUGCUCCAUUGAAGUAACUUGUGAAUCAGCUAGUGUGAUGGCGGCAACACUGGCUAAUGGUGGCUUCUGCCCAAUUACUGGUGAAAGAGUACUGAGUCCUGAAGCAGUUCGAAAUACUCUCAGUUUGAUGCAUUCCUGUGGCAUGUAUGAUUUCUCGGGGCAGUUUGCUUUCCAUGUUGGUCUUCCUGCAAAAUCUGGAGUUGCUGGGGGCAUUCUUUUAGUUGUCCCCAAUGUCAUGGGCAUGAUGUGCUGGUCUCCUCCCCUGGACAAGAUGGGCAACAGUGUUAAGGGAAUUCACUUCUGUCACGAUCUUGUUUCUCUGUGUAAUUUCCAUAACUAUGAUAAUUUGAGACACUUUGCAAAAAAACUUGAUCCUCGAAGAGAAGGUGGUGAUCAAAGGGUAAAGUCGGUGAUAAACCUUUUGUUUGCUGCGUAUACUGGAGAUGUAUCUGCACUUCGAAGAUUUGCUUUGUCAGCUAUGGACAUGGAACAGCGAGACUACGAUUCUAGAACAGCACUCCAUGUAGCUGCUGCAGAGGGUCAUGUUGAAGUUGUUAAAUUUUUGCUGGAAGCCUGCAAAGUAAAUCCUUUCCCCAAGGACAGGUGGAAUAAUACUCCCAUGGAUGAAGCGCUGCACUUUGGACACCAUGAUGUAUUUAAAAUCCUGCAGGAAUACCAAGUCCAGUACACGCCUCAAGGAGAUUCCGACAAUGGAAAGGAGAAUCAAACCGUCCAUAAGAAUCUUGAUGGACUGUUAUAAUGGUCUUAAGCCCAAGAUUUAAAUCACUUACCUAUUUAAUUGUGGAAAAUGAUUAUGAAGAACAUGUGUAUUUCUAUCUGGUAGUGAUGUAUAUUUUACGACAUUUGUCAUUUCAGUGUUACUGGAGUUUUCUUCAUUGUGCACACAGGACAAAUCUGAUCUCUUUGGGAAAAAAUAGAAAUAAAACAAUCUCCCUCCAUAAUGUGAGCAAUAUUUACCUCGCGCAUUGUAUAAUUUGAUGUAAAAGAAGCAGUUACCAACGCUAGCUUAACUGUGUGGUCUUUGUGAUUUAUUUUUGUGUAUUUUGUGAAUUUUCAAUUUAUGGUGAUGAUCUGCUGAUAUGCAUUUAUAAAUUAAACUCUGUUGUACAGUCUGUCCAAAUGGAUCAAGGCUGCCUUUAGAAGCAAAACAGUGUGAUUUUCAUGACUUCAAAUAUGUACUUAGAGUGUUUGAACAGUUAUAUGCACUUAUGGUUAUAUGUUUGAAAUAUCUCCUGUCAUCCUAGCUUCAUGAUGUGACUCUAAAAAUUAUAAUAGUUAAUAACUAUUAGUAGGAUAGACCAAUUCUGACUAGAUUGUAUCAGGGAAUCUGUUUAAGAUAUGUUUGGUGACCAAAACAUAUGUGUGAAUGUAGUUAAAAUAAUUUUUGAAAUAAUUUCCUUUUUCUAUAUCCCCUUAGACCAGCCUCUCUUCCCAGAUGUUUAGCUAUUAUUUGCCUCUUUCCUUUAGCUGGGAAAGUGGGUGCUGGCAUACUAUGCAGUUUUCAUGUUUUCCACAAUAAAUCAGAAAACGCCUCAUGUACCUGGCAUCCGAGCUGUAACUAUGCCAUUUGUCUAUAGGAGAUGAACCAGAGACAAAUUACUAAGCUAAGUAAGUACAAAUUAGUCAAAUUCAUCGGCCAAUAAAAGGAAGGGAUGUGCUACUGCAGCUCUUUAAGAAGAUAUUUUUCAGCUUUCAGGAUAAAGAUAAAUUCAGAAGUGCUCUAAGCUACCAAAGUUAUUAUGAAGGUAUGGGAACUGCUACAAAUAACAUUUGUUUUUAAACCUGUCAUUAAAAGUCUGCAUCAAGAUAUUUGUUCUAUUUGGGGGAUCACUAGAUCACUCCAGUUUUCUCCUGGUUUUCUACCUUAUAUUUUUUGUGGACUUUUUAGAGUUUAAUGAUAAGAAAAGGCCAUUUCAUUUUAAAUCGAGACGCACACACACACACACACAAAUGGACUUCUUUGAAGCUGUGUUUAGUGAAAUGUGCAGAAUCCUCAACUACAUGAAUGCUGGUUGUUUCAUUAAUAUACCAAAUUCCUUUUUUUUUUUCUUUUUCUAUCAGCACACACUGCUGCUUCCAAGCUUUAUCAUGCCUAAUGGCUCCUUUCCCACUCCAGCAGCCUCCAAGUGUUUCGAUUAUUGCUUCCAGUCUAAAUCAGUGACUUCGGCCAUUGCCCCCUUAUUAACCUAGACGUGUUCUUUUGGUGGAACACGCCGGUGUUCCUUAACUGAGCUGCAUCAGGCGUGAAGCCGUUCUCGUGUGUGUGCUUCUGUGGGGAGUAUGGUGGGUGGGGGUCCAGCCUUGCUGCUGUGUUCCUGCCUCAUGGAUCUAUCAAGACAUGUAGACAGGUGGUAUUUGUAAAACGCUGCAGAGGAACAGCAUUAUUCCCAAAGAAAGAUAUUAUGGGGUAGACACUCUUUAACAGAAAUCAACUGAAAUAACUGCUCAAACAGCAGCUUGCUCUGCGUGAUUUAAAUGAAACAUUAAGAUGGUUCAAUUACACAGCUUAAAGAUUACCAAUGAUUUUGAGGCUUUUCGCUAAUAAAAAGAGGUUCUAACUAUUAUUUGGGAACAAAGAGUUUUCAUCUUUUCUCAGAUCAUAACUCUGGCUGUUUGCUGUUGGCUGGUGAUAAUAAUGAGCACAUUUGAUUUAAAUGCUUUUAACUGUGCUGUUAACUGCUGCCAUCGGUAUACUCCAAAGAUCUUUUUGUUUUGGCUUUAGGAUCAUAUGUGCUUUUUCUGUACCACAGAGCUCUAUAUGGUGGUGUUUAUUUAAAGCUUUGUAUACACUGUUGUUUUCGCUGGUCUCAGUUCUAAUUAUCAUCUCAUCUUUGAGUGUAAUGUGCUGUACCCCACUGCUGCCCACACUGCCCUUUAGCUGCAGAGCUGGAUUAGCUAUCAACCAUUUAAUGCUGUUACCUGCCUGGCAGGGACUGAAUGACCUGAUGUUGGAUUUAGAUUCUUCCUGGGGAUUGUACAGCUAUGAAUGUAUUUGCUUCCAGAACCUCCCAAAGUGAAUCUAAUCUUAAAACUGUAAGUUGUAAGUAUUCUGAAAUUGGAAAAUAUUUAUUUUAAAUGAAAUUAGGUAGUGUUGCUUUUUACAGCUUAAUAAAUACAUGUAUCAAAAAA